AUGGGAAUUCCAUUCUUGCUUCUCACAAUCCUCCUUAUUUCUCGCCAAUGCAAUGCUUGCCCGGUUGGUGGAAACAGGGAGGUGAAGAAGCUCCGCUUCUACCUCCACAACACCCAAAAUAAUGAUCCACCCUCGGUCCUCGUCGCACAAAAUACCAAUGCCACAACCCAGGCUCGUGGCUUAGUUCCCUUCAGCUCUAUCUACGCGCUCACUGAGGGACCUGCGAGUACAUCUAAGGUGGUUGGCAAUGCACAAGACAUGUACAUUGAAAUAGGAAAAGAUGGGUACACGAUCUUGGAAACUGUCGAUUGUGAGAUGACGAAUGGUCCAUUCAAGGGCUGCUCAUUGCGUGAUGUUCUCAAGAAACCAAUUCUGUAA